GCCUUUUCUUCAUGCUCUUCCGGUGUUAUAUUCAAGUCUAGGUUCCUGGCGAAUCCUUGUCUCUACCUUAGGUACUUAGGUAGCUUUUCGCUAGAAUAUCUAUUGAGUUUCUCUCUUUACAGGACCAACCGCUUAACCACAAUGGACACUAUGAGUACGCAGUCCUUGAAUUGGACUCUCAUCAACGAGAUGGCCGCUGCUCUCACGCCAGAGCAACGCGAUCAGGCCGAUUGGAGGAUCCGCAAUACCGGAAAGCUCCCAAUGGGCGACUUCCAGAUAGCUAUCGGUUGCCUUUUUGGGCUUGCAUCUGUGGCAUUUUUUGGCCGCAUUACCAUCCGCGUGGUAUCUCGUCGCCGCGUCUUCCUUGACGAUUGCUUUGUUAUCGCCAGCUUCGCAUGCCUAGCUGUUGCAACCGCCAUCUUCUAUAAGCGAGUUUUAAUGAUUUAUACUGUCUUCGCGCUGAUGAGAGGCGAUGUGGUUAUAACAUUGAUGGCUUCUCAAGAGAUUGACGACGUCUAUGCCCAGAUGAACUGGUCUUUCCCUUACAUAACGUUUCUGUGGACAACCAUAUUCAUGGUCAAGCUAUGCUACUGCGCAUUCUUUCGCAUACUUCUACAGUCCAUGCCAAAGGCUCUCAUACGAUACUAUUGGAUUACGGUUGUUGCGACGGUCGUUUCUUGGAUGUACCUGGUGUUGCAACAGCUGAUAGUCUGUCCAUACUUCGGAUCGAAUUCAUUCAAGUGCUUUCCCACCCUUGCUGUGUCUGAAACGGUGUUGAAUUUCACUUUUUGGAUUGGGCCAGUUCUCGACACUCUGACGGACGUCGCGGUUGUCUCGAUCCCUAUUCUUAUCCUCCGUAAAUCUCAGAUGGAGAUGCUAACCAAGAUCGGACUUGGCGUCUUCCUUUGCCUCUCACUGUUUAUGGUGGCGUGCUCCAUAACACGCGCGGCCGGCACGUACUAUAACGACACACUUGACAGUCCAUGGCAGGUUUUCUGGCUACAUACUGAGGCAUGCGUUAGUGUGCUAAUGGCCUCCAUCACCGUCUACCGAUCAAUACUUGUCAAUUCAAGCAAGUUUUCUAGUAGCUUUCAGAAAUUUUUGAACAGGAUCAUAGAAAAGCGCGAAUCUGACAAGCUCGUGAACUCGAAGACGCUCACCAAAAAGGCACAGUUCGGUCGAUUUUUGCUUUCAAAGAUACCCAACGCAACACUUACCGGCCUUGCUACCAUGUUUGGUGGACCUGAUCAUACUCAAGAAGUAGACAACGACAUGUCCAUGCUGAACUCAACUUUCGAUAUGAGAGAGACAGAUUACCAUGAGCACCUUGGAAAGCCGCAGCCACGACCUAUGCCAUCUGUGCCAUCAUCUCGGAAUAUGGGCGAGAGCAUGGGCUCUCGAGAGGAAUCAUGGAAAGCGUCUCUAGCCAGUACUCGUGUCGCGAAUGAACAAGCUACUGAAGAGCAACAACGCCCCCGAAACCGUAUUGCUGCUUUCUUUCUGCAUAUUCUAUUCCCCUCGUCACACCGUGUGAUCCUGCAGCAUCGAAGUGUCGAGACAGGGCAGCCCAGCACUGAUGUCUCUUGAUCCAUAAGGCUUGGCAUCGCAAAAACUAUCCAGUCACCUUUAAGUUGUCUUAGGGGAAACGAUGACAUGAUUGCUCGGAUAACAGGAAUAAUUUCGUAUGAUUACAGGUAUUGAAUUAUCAGAAAUUGGAUGGAGAAAGGUAACAUUCGUUCAUAUGUCGUUUAGAUUCAUCCCACGUAUAGUUCCUCUACGAAUGGAAUAUGUCAAUUAUUUGUAAUCUCUGGUGGAGAGGUGUGACCACCCUUAGAACUGCAGUGUUCCCGUCUUAGCGCUGAUUGUUUCUUCAGCUUGUACGACUUUGUUGGUAUCAGUAGGUACUGAAAGGGGGAGUAAACGAUGUUGUAUUUCUUAAGUUUAA